UUUUGCCACACCCCACUCACCUGACUUGCCUGUAUCGAUACCCGCAGGACCUCUCAUUCUCUCUCCUCUCCUCUCCGUCGCCUGCUCUGCUUCGAGAUCGCUUUAGGGUUUCCAUUCCGCCAGUCGGACCUCCGGCGAGUUAUGUGAUCGCAUCCCGCCCUCGAGCUGCCGGUUUCCGAUCGUCUAUAGGGUUCGCGCGAUGAUUUCUGGCCACGAUCCGGUGGAAACCAUCCUCCACGCCGUCCGAGAUGCCUUCUCCCCUCUCGAAUCCGGGUUAUUGCGCGCCGCCAAGGAUCUCGAGUCCCAUUGGCUGAAUUCAAGAAGAAACGAGGCCAAGAACGGCGAGUUGUUGGAUGUUUUUCAUGGAUCCGUGAAGCAGCAGCCGGGCCGUGAUGCGGUGGUCGCCGUCGCUGUGGUGGAUGAGAGGAAGAAAGGCUCCGCCUCCAUCAAGAUCCCUAUCAAGUCUUUUUGCGGAGCGCUCUUCCCUAAUUCUUCCGGUGGGAAUGCCGGUGCUGGCGCCCGGAAGGGCGACGCCUCUGAGAAAGAGGCAAGCGAAGGAGACAGGGAUGGAUCGUGUGUCAAUUGCUUGCAUUUUGCGGCGACCUGGUCUCUCUUGCUCAACAGUUUCUUGCAGGUCUUCCCGAGCCCUUUCAAAUCCGCCAAGAAGUGUUUCGGGAAGCAGUGCGGCCAAGAAGAUGACCCCUUUGCCGAUGCGAUGCAUGUUAAGCAUAGAAGGAGAGGACCACAGAAGAUUGUUUUCUGGGGUAAGUCUGAGCGUCCGGCUUCGGAGGAUAGAGAUAUGUUAUCGCUUGAGUUGCUUCUCUCCUUUGCAUUCGAUAGCUUGGUUCAAAAUCUCCACAUGUUUGAUCUGCAUUUCCCUGAUAAAAGCUCGAAGAUCUGCGAACAUCCACCUCCUCAGUUCGAUCAUAUGAAUGUAAUCAAGGGUCUAAUCGAUGGGAAGAAAGCUGAUUUUGAUGGGUUCCUCUCAAGUAUGAGGUUUGCAAGGGUAGGAGGGGCACCGGGGAGUUUGGCAGGGGCCACGCCUUCAGGAAAGGAAGAGGGCGAGGGUCGCGCCUCCAAUGGUGACAGGGAAGAAACUGAGAGUAGUUCGCCACAGAAUUUCGCGAGUGGAUUGCUCAACAUUCCAUUAUCAAAUGUCGAGCGCCUCAAGUCAACGCUAUCGACUGUUUCCUUGACUGAGUUGAUCGAGUUCUUUCCUCAGUUGGGGAAGUCGUCGUCAUCAGAUCAUCCUGACAAGAAGAAACUAUUCUCAGUUCAGGAUUUCUUCCGAUACACUGAAGCUGAAGGAAGGCACUUUUUUGAGGAGUUGGAUAGAGAUGGUGAUGGUCAAGUAACUCUUGAGGACCUUGAAAUUGCAAUGAGAAAGAGAAGGCUGCCAAGAAGAUAUGCUAGGGAUUUUCUGCGCCGUACUAGAAGCAACAUAUUUUCAAAGUCAAUUGGGUGGAAACAGUUUUUGUCCUUGAUGGAGCAGAAGGAGCCGACCAUGCUUAGAGCUUACACAACCCUCUGUCUAAGCAAGUCUGGAACACUUCAAAAAAAUCAAAUCUUGACUUCACUCAAAAGUGCAGGCCUUCCCGCUAACGAAGAUAAUGCUGUUGCUAUGUUGCGUUAUCUGAAUGCAGAUACUGAAGGAUCCAUUUCAUACAGUCAUUUCCGUAAUUUUAUGCUGCUGCUUCCAUCAGAGAGACUUGAAGAUGAUCCUCGGAGUAUCUGGUUUGAAGCUGCUACACUUGUAGCUGUUCCUCCACCUGUGGAAAUAUCUACUGAAAAUGUUCUAAAGUCUGCUUUGGCAGGAGGUCUUGCUUGUGCACUUUCUACUUCUGUGAUGCAUCCCAUCGAUACAAUGAAGACACGUGUACAAGCAUCAACUCUUUCUUUCCCAGAACUUAUAUCAAAGCUCCCUCAAAUUGGGCUUCGGGGAUUAUAUAGAGGUUCCAUCCCUGCUAUUCUUGGGCAGUUUUCAAGCCAUGGGUUGAGGACUGGUAUUUUCGAGGCGAGCAAGCUAGUAUUAAUAAAUGUUGCCCCAACACUUCCAGAUAUUCAGGUGCAAUCCUUGGCAUCCUUCUGCAGCACAAUCCUGGGAACGGCUGUUCGAAUUCCUUGUGAGGUUUUAAAGCAACGGCUGCAGGCAGGCAUCUUUGACAAUGUAGGAGAAGCACUUGUGGGUACCAUGCGCCAAGAUGGUCUUAAAGGUUUCUUUCGAGGCACUGGUGCAACACUUUGCCGUGAGGUCCCAUUCUAUGUCGCAGGGAUGGGUCUCUAUGCGGAAGCUAAAAAGGCUGCACAGAAUCUUCUAAACCGAGACUUGGAACCUUGGGAGACUGUCGUCGUGGGGGCUUUAUCUGGUGGGCUUGCUGCUGUCAUUACAACUCCUUUUGAUGUGAUGAAAACAAGGAUGAUGACUGCUCCUCAGGGCCGGCCAGUCUCGAUGCAAAUGGUGGCCUUCUCCAUUCUUCGUAAAGAGGGUCCCAUUGGGCUAUUUAAGGGAGCUGUGCCUAGGUUCUUCUGGAUUGCACCUCUUGGUGCAAUGAAUUUUGCUGGCUACGAGCUAGCAAAGAAGGCAAUGGACAAAAGUGAGCAUAUGGCUGGUGAGCAGUUGCAUGAGAAACGGAUGGCUGGUUCUGGUUGAGCCGUCUACUGAUUUCUUCCUUUACGGGAAGACAGGAAUAGGCCUACUCUUGUUGAUGCGCUAGUUGUUACAGAAAUUUGGUUACUUCUGUGGUACUGUGGCAGAGAGCCAUUAAUUUUGUACCGUGAGUCUUUUUGUUUUUAUUUUUUUAGGUAGAAAGCCACAUCAGCUAUUGAAGGAUGAUUGGCUGGUUAGACAGUUUUUGCGUUUUUUUUGUUUCCCCUGAAAAACGUUUCUUUUAUGUAUAUACUUUAUAGUUGUUACCUGUGCAGUUGGGCUCCUUUCUAAGAUGAUCUAUAAAAUCAUUUAUGGAGGCGGUUAUUUCUGGGUUCCA